AUGCCUUACCCACUCCACUCCGUACUUUCAGUCCCGCUGUUUACGCACAUUUCCUCGAGAAAUACCGACGUACAUUGCGCAAUGGGACCCGACAUUGCACAAAUCGCCCUUUGCGACACACCUAGCGCCACAAUCCCUCGAGACUUCAUAGACACACAAAACGCUCUAAUCGCGUUGCACGAUGGUUGUUUUGCGCAGCGAUAUGCACUGACACGACUCAACCGCCUUCUACGCCUUGCCAACGACACUGGCGGCCGCGAUGAUAGUCUCCGGGCACCCUUAUGGCGGGCGUAUUUGUUGGCGAAAGCAAUCGAUCCUCGUUUGUUAGACCGUCUUUCGGAACGAGCGUGGGAUUUGCUAUGGAGUAUGCAGUCUGUCAAGUCGCUCAGUAACCGUAACCGCACCGCACACUUGGAACAGCUCUGUCGCGACAUGGAGAAGGUCCGAACGGCCACGACUGUUGGACAGAGAGCCCGAUAUCUCGAAAGCGUGUUUCUUAGUGGUAGGGAACGCGACGCCAUCGCCAAAUGGGAACAAGACCAUGUCUCAGGUCAUAGCCGACGAGAAAGCCCUAGGGCAGAGCAUAUGGAAAUUGGAGCCAAACUCCACGCGCUCGCCGGGAAUGUAGACCGCAGCAGGAACAUCAUGGACAGGCUAUUUCAACUCUAUCCUGCUUGGGAUACUUCUGUCAUGAUGACUGUAUUCCGCGCUCACACAAGCUCGGGGCUUCAAGAACACCAUCAUCUAGCAAAAAAGAUCUAUGACAAGAUGAAGGAUCAGAAAGGCAACAGUUGCACAAUCGAAGACUACGAUGCUUGGCUAGUGGGUUUCUUGGAAGCACGAAAUCUCGCCUAUUCAAAGCAAGUCUUCCGAGACAUGGUCAAGGCAGGUUGUCUGGCUGCUAGUGGGAAUACCGAGCGAGUGAAGCAAGUUUUGAAGAGACUGCACUUGCUUUAUCGCCUUGGCACGGACAUUUCUAAGAUGACGAGUAUCGCGCUUCACGCCAUAUCAGUGCUUCCGCCAGUCUAUCAUGGCCAUCUAUUCGGCGACUGGAUGAAGUUGGCCGUUGUUGAGAAGACACCCGAGGCGGCUGCUCAGAUUUUGGACAUGAUGAUGAAAAGAGGAUACCGGCCAGAAACAUUCCACUUCAACAUGCUGCUCAGAGCCCUGAUACGCACAAAAGAAACACCCAAUAUUCUAAAAGCAGAGAACAUAGGAUGGCGUAUGAUCGAUGCGGCCUGCAAAGCACGCGAGAGACGCCCACCUCCGGGUGUACAAACCAGGAGCGUCAACAAGCAUAUCAAUGUCAACGGUGUGGAUGCACGUACUGCACAGGGAGUUCCCACAGCCAAUGUCACUACGUUUGCCCUCAUCAUGCACCAUCAUGCCAAGAGCCUGCAAUGGGAGCAUGUGGAAUACCUAGUUCGUCAGCUCAAGGAAACAAGCAUUGAGCCGAAUGCCACCAUCAUGAACGUCAUCAUGGAUAACAAGUGUCGCCAAGGAGCAUAUAGCGAAGCAUGGCUGGUCUACAAAGCUCUCACCAACCCACAAGAAGGCAGUACCGGCGUCUUCCCGAAUGGCGCUAGUUUCCGUUGUCUCUGGAAAACGCUCCGCCUAGCACUUGGAGAUCACGCCACGCGGCAUGACCCUGGUCUACCUACGCCUCGCGAGCUCCUUAAGGAAAUGUCAGCUUGGUGGGCGCUCAGCGGCAGCCGCUACGACGCCGAUCGGUUCAAGAUGGGCCUCGCAGGUGCUGAUAGUGGGGCCAUAGCUUCACUCAUCAUGCACUGUUUCAGCUACACUCAAGACUUGGCUGGCUCGUUGGUCGCUUUGCAUGUACUACGACACAAGUUUUCCAUCUUCCCUACUGAUAAAGCGGCCCAUAUUCUGCAACGGCAAAUGGCUUGGGUAGACAUGGCGCGCGAAUCAGAAUCCGUGCGCAGCCAAUACUUCCACAGCCGCUCUAACAAGAAGAACACGGAGCGUGUGGUCAGAGUAUACAAUAUUCUAUUACAGCAGCGGCUGGAUAGGAUGAACCUCAAGGAGGGGGAGUAUGAGAAAUUGACCGACGAGCAGAUUGGAGAUGUCGGGUUGAACUUGUUAAGCGAGUAUGUGAGGGUGGUACUCAAGAGGAGUUAUCCACCUGAGAUUGUAGAAGCCAUGGUUGAUGCUGCCAGGUGUGCGGUGGGUCUUCCCGACUUGCCUACCGGGGAUAUGGAUGCUUUUGAGGUGGCUUGA